UUUCAAGUUCUGGAGAAAGUCGGCAGUAUCCCGAAGGAGAGAUGCAGAUGUUUCUUUCGGAAAAUCGUGGACGCCUGCGUCGGUUGCUUGAAACGAAACGUAGUUCACGGAGACCUGAAGAUGGAGAACGUGAUCGUCGAUCUGGACACGGACAGGAUCAAGCUGGUGGACUUCGGUUUCGCCAAAUUCGUUGACGACCAACCGAUCGCCAGCGCUUUCGGAACCACCGAUCAUUACCUUCCUCCGGAGAUGCUGAAACAUCGAUUCAUGUAUGCCGUUCCGGCGAUGAUCUGGUCGCUCGGAAUCAUGCUGUUCGAAAUGAUCACCGGAGAAGAAGUUGAACGCGGCCGUCGACCGUACUUGCAGUUAAUCGACGACGUGGAGCUACUUUCGCUCCUCGAUCGAAUGCUGGCGGUCGACUGGAGGAAGAGACCGUCGCUGAAACAAGUGUCAGAUCAUCCGUGGACGAAUAAACUGACCGCGAAUGGGGAAUAUGUUCAAUAG